UGACGCUUGAGCGGGUGGAGACUGUUACACAUUUAAAUCACCCGGGUCGGUUUUCCCCCCCAGCUUUCGGCAACAAACAACUUUUUCUUUUUUUUUUUUUUUGGUUUUUCUUUCUACCGUUGGAUUCCGUAGAGCUGAAUUAAUGUCGUAAAUGACAGGUCUGUAAGGGCGUCGUUGUUAGGAAGUUUUUUCGAGGGGGGGGGGUUUGGACCAGCAAAAGGGCCAUGGCAGUCGAGGCUCGGCCGGAGCUGGUCGGGAAGCGGUUCCUCUGUGUCAGCGGGGACGAGCCGCCUGAAAUCGGCGAUAUCGCUCGCUGGCCGUGGAGGUCCGGGGUCAUACGAGCCGUCAACCAUCGUGACAGCGACAAUCCCGACCUGACGGUAUAUGUGGAGUUUGAUGACCAGGAGUGGGAGAAGAGAGAGUGGGUCAAGGUCUAUGAGGAUUUCCAGCUGUUUCUACUGGAGCACCAGCUGGUCUGGGCCAAGAGGAAGGAGGGAGCAGCAGCAGCAGCAGGAGGAGGAGGAGGAGGUGGAGCAGGAGCAGGAGCAGGUGGAGGAGCCGGAGGCCUGCUGCAGGCAACCAAGGCCAAACACAUACAGUGGCCUGCCCUGGCGUUUAAGCCAGUGGUGGGCAAGAGCCUGUUGUCUUCGGUAACAGCGGUGGAAUUCUUGUUAGACCAACAGCUGGACUUCCUGUCGGACCAUUCGACCUACCAGCCGUACCAGGAUGAGGUGGACAGUCAGAACCCAGUGUUGAGAGACAACCCUCAGCUCCAUGAAGAGGUAAAGAGCUGGCUCAAAGACCAGAAGGUGCAGGAAAUUUUCAUGCAAGGUCCCUAUUCACUGAAUGGCUACCGUGUGCGUGUGUACAGACAAGAUUCAGCCACCCAGUGGUUCACUGGCAUCAUUACACACCACGACCUCUUCAGUCGAAACAUGGUCGUUAUGAAUGACCAGGUGCUAGAGCCUCAGAACGUGGAUCCGUCCAUGGUCCAGAUGACCUUUCUGGAUGACGUGGUCCACUCCCUGCUGAAAGGAGAAAACAUCGGCAUCACCUCCAGGCGAAGGUCACGAUCCAGCCAGAACAACAACACUGCCCAUAUGGCAGGAGGGAGACCCGGCGGGACCACUUGCAACACUCAGAGUCAUUACACGCGAGCCCAAGCCAACAGCCCCCGCCCCAUCAUGACAUCAUCAUCAGGCCCCAACCCAAAAGGUUCACAGGGGACGCUGGCCCAGCAGCACAGCCAGUCGCAGCAGAGCCAGAAUCCGGCCGGCCAGUCGCACCACUCGCCCGGCGGCGGCAGCGGCGGAGGACGGGAGCAGAGGGAGCAGCGCAACUCUCGCUCGUCCCGGAGGAAAGGAUCAGACAGCAGCGUCCCAGAGGAAGACAAGGACAGGAGAGAGGAGACCACAGGGAGAGACUCCAAAUCCAAGGUGAAGCAGGCGGUGAACAAACGGAGGAAGGGCGAGGAAGAUGAGAAGAAGGCAGGUUUAAAGAGGCUGAAGACCGACAUGACGUCGGAUCAGUCGGAGAGCAGCGACUCGGAAAACCCACACAACAAGAGGACCGCCCACUCCUCAUGCUCCUCUUCCUCCUCCUCAUCGUCCUCGUCGUCAUCGUCCUCCUCCUCCUCCUCCUCAGAGCCCAACUCUGAGAAUGAACUAAAGACUCGCAGCAGCGAUGUGAAACCAAGUGCCGUUUCCAAAAUGGAGGAGGACGAGAAGCCGCUGACGCAGGGCGCCAAAAUGAACAAUUCGUCCUCCGUCAUUGGCCGGCUGUCUCCGUGGGUGGAUCUUCAGGCGGCAGAGGAGAGCAAGAAGGGCGUGGUUAAGGAAACGGGCAAAAUGAUAAUGAAGGAGGUGGAGGAACUGGUGGCAGUGACGCAGAUUACUCAGUCUCCACGGCAACAGUCUCUGAUGUCUGACGCCAUCCAGGGCGGUAUUAUGGAGGCCAGCAAGAACACUGUGAAAGCGUCUUCUCGAUCCCAGACCCCGUCAUCGUCCCACCUACACAGCAGCGGCGUGAUCGACAUCACAGAUGACGCCCAGGCCACGGUGCACCGCGAGAGUUCGGAGGCAGUGUCAGCCCUGCUGGCCUCUCAGAAGGCCGAGUCCACGGCCCUCUCGCCUUACCUCCCCCUCAACCCCUCCCCGGUCUCCUCGCCUCCCAUUCCACCUUCCCCCUCGCCGUCAGAAGGAGGCCGGAGGGCGGAUGUUGAGCCUCCCGUGCAGCAACAGCACCCGCAGCAGCAGCAGCAGCAAACCUUCAUAGGAGGCUGCAUGGCAGCAUCCAGGAGCUCAGGCAGCAAGAUAGAGUUUGCUCCCUCUGAGGUCAUCAGGUCUGUCACAUCAGUGGCUGAUAACAUGGUGCUGGUGGAGAAGGAGAAAACUGUCCUUCCUCAUCAUCAUCUUCAUCAUCAUCAACAGCAGCAGCAGCAGCAGCAGCAUCAUCAGCAUCAUCAGCAGCAGCAGCAACACUACACAUCUGUCCACCCCGGCAUUAAGAGCCCGUCUCUGUCUGACGAGACGAGAAAACACCCACAGCAACAAGCGCCCCCCCACAAGAUGAACACAGUCCUUUCGCCCGACUUAGCCAAAUCCAAAAUGAGCCCCAGCCCGAACCCCAACCCACCACAGCCCGACUCCGCGAAACAGAAACCCCAGCACCCCAACAACUCUCAGAGCCACCCCUACCCCAACUCAAACCCCUCUGAACUUCUCAAAGCUAAGUCCCACCCGGGCCUGCUGGACAUCUCCAAACCUAAACCCAACACCUCCCCAGAGGUCUCGAAACAUAAAAUACCGAAGUACCCCGACACCUCGCCGCCUCCGACAGGCCGCUUGUCCGCUAAAGCUGAACCGGCAGAACCUCUGCGUUCUGGAUUCAAGCCGGUGCCGGUACGGCCCGAGUCGGGGGGAGUCAGUAUGAGCAGCAGCAGCAGCACCAAGAGCCCCCUGAUCAUCGACAAGAACGAAACCUUCACCGUUUACAGGGACCCGGCGCUGGUGCGCUCCGACGCAGAAAACUCUGUAGCCGCCACCGUCUCCUCCAACCACGUGGCGGCCUAUCUCCAUCCCCACCUGCACACCUUGCACUCCCCAUCCCCCCACUCCCCGUGCCUCACUCCUGCAACCCACCCCCACGCCACCUCCCACCUCCUCGCUGCCCCUCACACCUCCGCCCUACCUCAUCCGCACCUUUUACCCCCUGGGGUGCUCCCGGCCAUGCCCCCUCCCUCAGCUUCUCUCCUCGGGGGCCACCCUCGGCUCGACUCACCCGGCGCGUUGGGUCACCUCGGCCUACCUCACCCGGCAGCCGCACACCAGCAGCAGUUCCUACAGGGUCAGGGCCCCCCUCCCCCACCUCUACUAACCCAGGCUCACAGCGGGGCAGCAGGGUUGGGCCUGUACCCCAUCCUCUGGCAGUACCCCAAUGGAACACCACCCUCCUACCCCCCUGGACUCAACCUGCCUCCUACAGCUAAGUGGGUCCACCCGGAAAAUCCCGUCACCGUGAAUUCCGAGGCCUCUCUCCGGAGGAACACAGCCAGUCCAUGGUUGCACCAGGCUGCCAGUAGCGCUGGUGACGGUCUGGGUCUGCUGAGCCAUGUUCCUGUCCGGCCAGCGAGCGCUGACGCCCACCGCCCCUCUGUCAAGAUCAACACGCACGCAAGCCCUCCGCUCUCGAAAGUCGGCGUGGAUGUUCAUAAAGACGAUGUGGAUAAGAAAAAUUUCAUGGACCCGAUCCGGACUUUGACGCUGGCCCAGCUGAAACAGGAGCACACGGACAGGAGUCACACCCCGACGGGGAAAGACGUUCACUCACACCGCCUCUACCUAGAUCCCCUCAGCAAGGCCUGCCUGGCUAACACACAGGAUGCUGUUCAGGCUUCGGACCGAGCCAACAAAUACAAAGAGGAGAAUCGGCAAAUCCUGAAAGAGAGCAUCGAAGUCGCUCCCUUCACUGCCAAGUUCCAGCGCUCCAGCGACCCCGGGAUGGACAGAGACAGGGACAGAGGCAGAGAUCCCGCCUUCCCUGUCCGAAUAUCAGCUCUCACCUCCCCCAACCCCAAGGCCGGCCUCGCCCAUCCCCACGUCAUCCAGUCAGAGAAGAGCAACUACUUCACCACGCUGUCCAACAGUGUGGUGAAUGAGCCUCCCAGGCUGUACUCCUCCAAGGAGCUCAGCCCUUUCUAUGAGAAAGCAUCUGUUGGACUUCCAGGGGUUGUAGCCAGUAUAGGGGCUGCCGUGCCAAGCCAGGGAGCUCUGUCCCUGGGCAGCCACAGCUCCAAAGCCUCCCUCUCCAAGCCCCCUCCUCUCAUUAAGCACCAGCCAGAGGGAGGAGAGGGUUUAGCAGGGAAAAUCACAGAGCAGCUCAGCCAGCAGGUAACACUAGUCCAGCCUCAACAUCAGCACCACGCAGGUAUAGACAGGAUAGAACGCCGCAGCCCUGCCAUUUCUCCUUCCUCCUCCUCCUCUUCCUCUUCUGCCCCCAACCACCACCAUCAUCACCACCACCACCAUCACCACCAACAGCAGCAGCAGCAGCAGCAGCUCAGGGCAAUGCCAUCUCUCCACCGAGCGCCCGUCUUCCACCCCCCAACACAGCACGCGCUGGAACGGAAAGAGGCCGCAGAGCGAGAGAGGGAGCGGGAGAAGGAGAGGGAGAAAGAAAGGGAGCGAGCAGGUUAUGGUGGACGCCUGUCUCCGCCAACCCUCACACCCAUCCAGCCCGUUAACUUGGUGGCAAGCGGUGGCAAAACAUCAGCAGAGCAGCAGAAACCCCCGACGCUGCUGCCGGAACUCAGGGACAUCAAAGGUCAUGGAAACAUCGUCGCCAUCACCUCCAUGGCCUCUGCCAUGAGUGGGGAGAUGAUGACUUCAUCAGCAGAUGGGUGGAGAGGUGGGGAGAUCAUUCAGGAACGAGGAGGGGUGUACCUUGGGGAGAAAGGAGCGUUGAGGGGCAAGCCCCAAGCCGCGGUGGCGUCGGUCAUUGUACGUCCAUCGACGGCCAUUAAGUACGAGAGUUCUGUCGGUGCUAACAAAUCUGGUGCUAUUAUCCAUCAGGAUCUCCCCCAGGGGAGGUUUUACCCAUCCAACCUUCAGGGGGAAUGCAUUAGGUUAGGGGAGGCUGUUAGAGAACAUAGAGAUGGCAGGGUUAUCCAGCCCAACUCGAACAUGGAGGACAUCUGUGUCCAGUAUAAAAAAAAGACUUCUAUGUGUGGCAUGCAGGGAGCCAUGGGAGCCAGUACCACAAACUCUGUGUGCAGGACUGUCGUUUCAGCCUUAUCAAACUUCAACGCACCUAGUAAAUGUGGCUCAGCCACCCGUGAGCUGGGUUACUCUAUUUCGGCUCGUGGCGAGAUUGCAGCCCACAAACAAACGGCCAUCGGCGGCUGGGUGCAGGGUCAGUCAGGACCAGGAGAUUACCAGGAGGGCUUUGGUUCACGUACCACAUCUCCAGGGGGGUCUUUACCUCCCCCUAGUCCAGCAGGGACACCUCAACCCAGUCCAAGCCUCACCCCAACACCUAGCUCCAUUUCUGGCUCCAGUCAGCCUUUCUCAUCCUCCUUUGUCCAUCUCAAGAAGCACAAAGCUGCCUUGGCUGCGGCUCAGUCCAGAAGCAACUUCUCUUCUGUGCCCACAUCCAUCACAACUGGAAACUCCUCCCUGUCUGUGGAUUCAGUGGACAAAGCUCCCAUUCACAGCUCCCCGCCUCCACCCACCUCUAGCCAAGCCUCAUCAUCAUCAUCAUCAUCAUCAUCAUCUUCAUCGGUUGACAGCAGCAGCAGUGGUUCAGCGAGCGGGAACACAACUCCAGGCAAGUCCAGCCCCCUGCCGAACGGCCAGUCCUCAGGACCGGCCUCAGCAAGCAGCGGGCAGCCCAGCAACUACCACAAGCUGAAGAAAGCCUGGCUAACCCGCCACUCAGAGGAGGACAGGAACACAACUGCUACAACAAGCUCCACCAGUACUAAGCAAGAGAAAGUGCCCAGCACCACCACCACCAGCACAAGCAACACGAGUAACACUACAGCCAUGUCAGAAAUAAUCAAGCCCUGUACAGUCAAUCUCAGCGCCUCCACCUCCAGCGAGGUGGAAAUGAGCAAGGAUGGUGGAGGGAAAGGUGAGAGGGAGAGACAGUCGGAGGACAAGGUUCCGGCAGCAGGAGGAGGAGGAGGUGGGGAGGAAAGGAAAACAGCCUCCUCGUUGAGGCGAGGGAACAAGCGGUCCUAUGAGUCCGCUUCCGAGAGUGGCGGAGACGACUCUGACGCCAGCGAGAGCAAGAUGGAGGGCCGCGCCAAACGCCAGCCUAAACCAACCUACAAGAAGAAACAGAAUGACAUGGCUAAGAAGAAGGGAGACAAUGAAAAGGAGGAGGAUGACGUGAAGCCCAACGGCAUCUUCAGAUCAGCCAGAGAAAAGACCAAACUCAAACUGGCCAGCAGCAACGGGAUCCCCCGCUCCGUGCUAAAGGACUGGAGGAAGGUGAAGAAGCUGAAGCAGACGGGGGAGUCCUUCCUGCAGGACGACUCGUGUUCAGAAAUCGGGCCCAACCUGCAGAAGUGUCGGGAGUGCAGGGUGGUGCGCAGCAAGAAGGGAGAGGAGCAGGCACAUUCUCCCGUCUUCUGUCGCUUCUAUUACUUCCGACGGCUUUCCUAUAGUAAAAAUGGAGUCAUUCGGAUGGAUGGCUUCUCCACUCCAGACCAGUUUGACGAUGAGGCUUUGGCCCUGUGGGCCCCUGGGGCGAUGGACGAGAGCCACCUGGACCAAACCACAGCCAAGUACAUCCUCAGCUUCAUAGGAGACAAGUUCUGUCAGAUGGUUGUGACUGAGAACACUGCAGCUACCUGGGUCAAGAAGGAUGCCAAGCUGGCGUGGAAGCGAGCGGUGAGAGGGGUGAGGGAGAUGUGCGACGCCUGCGAGGCGACGCUCUUCAACAUCCACUGGGUGUGUCAGAAGUGUGGCUUUGUUGUCUGCCUGGACUGCUACAAGGCCAAGGAGAGAAGGAGCUCCAAAGAUAAAGAACUGUACACCUGGCUCAAGUGUGUGAAAGGCCAACCCCACGAUCACAAACACCUGAUGCCGACACAGAUCAUACCUGGCACAGUGCUGACAGAGUUGGUGACUUCCAUGCACUUGCUGAGAGACAAACACAGCAUCAGGUCCCACUGUCCCUGCUCCAGCAAACAGAACCUCCUCACCAAGCUACCAGCCACCAAUGGAGUCUCACAGGUUCUGCAGAACGUCCUCAACCACAGUAACAAGCUGUCUCUGGUGAAGGCCGAGCCGGGCUCUCAGCAGAACUCUGAUCCUGGAGGAACCAAGGCAGAGACGAACGGAGGAGGCAUCGGAGGGAGCAGCCCAGGCAGCGACGCAGGAAGUGCUCCGGUCACGCCGCCGGAGUCCCAGUCCCCUCUGCACUUCCUGGCCGACCUGGCGGAACAGAAGUCCAGGGAGGAAAAGAAAGAAAACAAGGAGUCGGGGAUUCUGGGUAAGUCACUGAAAGAAGACAAGGAGGGAGAGAGCCUGGAGGUCCUGCAGCAGUGUAAGGCCACCUCACUGGUCUCUAACAGCACGGAGCAGGGCUCCACACUCAGAGACCUGCUCACCACCACAGCGGGGAAACUGAAGCUGGGCUCCACUGAUGCAGGGAUCGCCUUCGCACCGGUGUACUCUACUGCUUCACAGCCUGGAAAGGGUGGGCGGACCAUGCCCAACAUCCUUGAUGACAUCAUUGCCUCAGUCGUUGAGAAUAAAAUCCCCGCCAGCCGCCAGAACAUCACCACCAAGCUGUCAAUCAAGCAAGAGCCCGUCUCCGCCGGCGGCAACAACAACAACAACAAUGCCCCCGCCACCGCCACACCUGCUGUCACUGAGGAUGCCAAACCAGACAGGAAGAAGUCGGUGCCUGUCACCGCAGCCGCGCCCGAGGAGUCGACCAGUCAGUAUCCAGACAUCCCCCACUGCUGGUUGAACAACAGGCGGUUACUGUGGCUCAAAGAUCACCGCAACCAGAACAACUGGAAGCUGUUCAGAGACUGCUGGAGACAAGGACAGCCUGUGCUGGUGUCAGGGAUCCAUAAGCGACUGAACGCGAGUCUGUGGAAAGCGGACUCUUUCAACCAGGAGUUCGCAGACCACCAAGGAGACCUGCUCAACUGCAAAGACCAGGUGGUGUCCAACUCCGGGAUCAAGGAGUUCUGGGACGGAUUUGAGGACAUCACCAAGCGGCCCAAGUCCAAGGACGGAGAGCCUAUGGUCUACAGACUGAAGGACUGGCCGUCAGGAGAGGAGUUCAUGGCCCUCAUGCCCUCGAGAUAUGAUGACUUGAUGAAGAACCUGCCCCUGCCGGAGUACUCUGAUCCAGAGGGCAGCCUCAACCUGGCCUCUCACCUGCCAUCUUUCUUCGUCAGGCCGGAUCUGGGGCCGAGACUUUGCUGUGCCUAUGGUGUAGCUGCGUCUCAGGAUCAGGACUUUGGGACUGCCAACCUCCACGUGGAAGUGUCAGAUGUCGUGUCUGUUCUGGUCUAUGUGGGAGUAGCCAAGGGCAACGGAGUCCUGUCCAAAACUGGAGUGUUGAAGCGUCUGGAGGAGGAGGAUCUAGAUGAGGGGGUUCGGAGGAGGCUCAAAGACUCCAGUGAGACCCCGGGGGCGCUGUGGCACAUCUACCUCAACCGAGACAUGGACAAGGUCCGAGAGUUCCUGCACAAGCUCUGCAAGGAGCAGGGAUUAGAGGUGUCGCUGGACCAGGACCCAAUCAGAGAGCAGGGCUGGUAUCUGAGCAGGAAGCAGCGUCAGCAGCUGCUGGAUGAGCAUGGAGUUCAGGGCUGGACUGUGGUUCAGUUCCUGGGGGACUCUGUCCUUAUACCAGCAGGGGCUAUGCACCAGGUCCAGAACCUCCACAGCUGUGUUCAGGUCAUCAACGACUUCGUGUCUCCUGAACACGUGGCCAACUCCUUCCAUCUGACCCAGGACCUCCGGCCCAACAGUGAGGAGGUCAACUACGAGGACAAACUACAGGUGAAGAACAUCCUGUACCACUGUGUGAAGGAGGCUGUCAGCUCCCUGAAGAGGUGCAGCUCUGAGGAAGAUGAUGAGGAAGAGAACUCAUGACACACCGCUUCAGCCUCGUCUGCAUCUGCCAGAGAGGGACACGACUCCCAUCAGCACCUUCCCUUCGCUGCACCCUGUGCUUCACGAGGAGGCCUUGUGUCACAUCAUGGCGGCCGGGGGGGGGGGGUGGGGUGGGGUGGGGCGGGACUCCUCCUGCCUCACGUGUCCAGGUGACCUGUGAGCAGGCACUCCAGCAUCAUCAUCACCCCUGAACCUUCAGUGCCAAGAGGGGACAAACACAGGACCAGAGGGGGGGGGGGGGGCCACUGGACUGACAGGGAUAAAACCCCAGCGACCAUCUCUCAGAGUUUUAGAGGACUCAAGGAGGACAGAGGACACAGGGAGGACAGAGGACAGAGCCUUACUGAAGCCACUACACACCUCCACUGAAACAGAGAUGAACUCUAUAUUGUGACUGAUGGCGCAUCCUGCUAAGAUCCAGUUUCCAUGGCGACUCAGACUUUCCGGUGCACAGGUUUGACGGUAGCAGCGGUGAUGACGGGAGACUGAGAGGCAACAGCAAGUCCCCGCCACCCCCCCCCGCCCUGUCCCCCUCCUCCCCUGCUUCUCUCCCACUGUAAUCUGCAUUGGAUUAUAAAGGCCAGGAGGUUUAAUCCCUGUCUGCAGCAGAGGCCACACAGCUCCGUCUCUGAAAAGAAGAUUCUCGCUGAUCACGACAGCAUCACCAGCAGAAAGCAGCAUCAGGAUCAGAACUCUCAUCUCUGAUGUUUAAAGACACACACACACAAAAAAAAGAAAAAAAAAGCAUCAAGAAAAAAAGGAAGUGAGGAGGAAAAAUGCAAAACUGAAACCUCAGCUGUUUCAGUCAGCAGCCGCUCUGCUGCUCCCUCGUUUCUCCUUCCUUCUGUUCUUUGUCUGUUCUCGUCCUUUUUUUCCCCCCUUGUUCUGUCCGUCUGUCUGUCUGUUGCUGUUUUGUCCUUCAUUUUCUUUUCCAUAUGAACCUUGUUUUAUUUCCUCUGUGAAGAUGUAUUUAUUUUAUAGCUCUGUGAUGAUGCCGUGUUAUUGAGACAAAAAAAGCAUUCAUGUAAAUGUGACUUGUACAGUUUUUGUUUUGUUUUUUUCCUUUUUGCUAUGUGGUUUUCAGUUGUAAUACGGCUCUACUGUGAUGGAGGACACACACACACACACCUAAACACACACACACACACACCAGCUAAUGCCUGUAACUUUGGGAAAUGUUGAUGCUCCACAGUCCUCAUGCCAUAAAUACAUUUUUUUGAAAAUGAACUGCCAAACUAUUGUAAAGACUGUGUAAAGUUGUAUUAUGUAAAGAAAAAAAAACUAAAUGGCUUAUACACACACAGCAUUUUAUGAAAAAGUAUUCUCUGUAAAAUGGAGACAUUUACAAAAAAAAAAAGAUGUAAUUUAUUUAAGAAAAUAAUUGUUUUUUUUGUUGUCGUUGUUUUGUUAAGAUUUACUAUGGUGAACCUUUGAAGUUAAAAGAUAAAAUAAUGAAAAACUGUAACUGUAACGUGUAAAUAUCUACUUUCACUGAGGUAUUUUUUUAAAAACAUGGCUUGCUUCAAUUUCAAAAUUUUAAAAGUGCAAGUGUUACAUGCUUUGUACAUUGAAGUUCAAAAGGGUUUUACAUUUUCCAUUAAAAAUGGAUUUAUCAGA